GUGACGACCAGGCGCGGUUGUCUCCUACCACUCUCUACCGAUCUCUCCCCCGUUUCGCCGAUCAGUGUCCCUUCACGGUCACCCUCGAAACGACCUCGAUCAAUCCGACUCGCAGUUCGAAAAAGGGGCAGGUCGGUGGACCGCCUGCGGAAAGGAACCCAUCAAGAUGUGAGACGAUCUUACUAUGGUAUAAUAAAGUCUACGUACAGUUUGAGUACGAACAAGGAUACGAAGGACAAACAGAAACAUGUUCAAGACUCAAACCACCGAUUGCCCGUUAUUUCCUUUUCCAUGGACCACGCCGUCUGCGUCGUCCAUUCUCAGGAUAAGUUCUGGAAUUGCAUCGACCACACUUUACACCGAUGCGGGCAGUGUGCACGCAAAUGUGAUAGAUCAUACGGUGUUGAAAGAAUUCGGUGAGGAGGAAGAGAAGUACACGCCGUAUGAAGAUCGACCGGAAACUUACAUUGUCCCGAUAGUGUUCCUGCUGAUCCUACUAAUCGGGCUCACUGGAAACGGCGUACUCGCGCUCACCAUAUUGCGCCACAGUAACAUGAGGAACGUUCCCAAUAUUUAUGUCUUCUCGUUGGCGCUCGGAGAUCUCCUGGUGAUUGUAACAUGCGUGCCAUUCACCUUCACCGUUUAUAUUCUGGACUCGUGGCCCUUCGGACUCCUCCUUUGCAAAGUAUCAGAGUGCGCCAAGGAUAUUUCCAUCGGGGUUUCUGUUUUUACUUUAACCGCUCUCUCGGCGGACAGAUUCUUCGCUAUCGUUGAUCCAAUGAGAAAGCUUCACGCUACUGGUACGGGAAGACGCGCAAGGCGUUUCUCAGUGAUCGUAGCCGCAUCGAUUUGGGUGCUAGCAAUUAUAUGCGCCAUACCGGCUUCGUUUUCCUACAUCAGAGUCUUCAGAGUGAACAGCAACGUUAGCUUUCGCGCUUGCUACCCGUUUCCGGAGGAAUUUGGCCCGAAUUAUCCCAAAAUGAUUUUGAUCUGCCGUUUCUUCAUAUACUACGCCACGCCGCUCAGUAUUAUCGCAGUUUUCUACAUUCUGAUGGCCAGACACUUGAUGCACAGUAUGAGAAACAUUCCCGGUGAGAUGCAAGGUCAGGUAAAGCAGGUCAGAGCACGGAAGAAAGUGGCUAAAAUGGUCAUGGCAUUCGUAAUCGUUUUCGCAGUGUGCUUCUUCCCUCAGCACGUGUUUAUGCUGUGGUUCCACAUCCAUCCGACCGCGCAGAAAGACUACAAUGCGUUCUGGCAUUAUUUUCGUAUCCUCAGCUUCUGCCUGGCGUUCACUAACAGCUGCAUCAAUCCUAUCGCGCUGUACUGCGUCAGCAACACUUUCAGGAAAUAUUUUGACAGAUAUCUGCUUUGUUGCGUGCCGCGGAUCCGCAGGCGACAUCGUCGCUCAUCGGAGUAUAGUUCACGGGGAAGGGGCCAAAGUUUCUCAUUGAUGAGCUCCAGAAGGUACGGGUCUUGUCGCGGACAACGAAGUGUCCACUUGUCAAUUCUCGAGAAUGACACAAGAAUAUGCGCUUCGACCAAGGAACAGGAGACGACCAUUACUCUCACCGUGUCCCCGAACGGAAUCGAGGAAGGAUGGAAGGGUCAUCGAAAUUCAACGACUGAGCAGUCGAUCAGUCACGAGUGCUCAUUAAAUUCCAAGAACUAAAUCAUCUAAUAAUUUCUCAAUAAAUGAUCUAAUAUGUAUGUGUGUGUGAGUGUGUUCUUUAUUUAAAAAGAGACUGUUCUUAAGGAUGUAUUGGCUAUACAGUCA